AUGGACCAGCUCAACUACAACGAACAACAACAGUUCCAGAAAGUCGUCGAACAGAAGCAGAUGGCCGACUUCAUGAGACUCUACACCUCGUUGGUGGACAGAUGCUUCAACGACUGUGUAACAGACUUCACAUCGGAGAACUUGACGGACAGAGAGAACUCGUGCUUGACAAAGUGCGCCGAGAAGUUCUUGAAGCACAGCGAGAGGGUCGGCACCAGGUUCCAGGAGCAGAACCAGAAGUUGAUGACGCAGAUGAGACAGUAG